AUGUCGAAAGCAACCCAUAUCAUCAGAUUUAUUGCCAAUGAAGACAACCGAAUUCAUUUGGGUCAAUUAGUAGACACAUCGCGCGAUGUCGGUCUUGAUAGUUUGGAAGGCAAGGAGAUCAAAGCAUACCUGAUCAAUGGCUCUAUCUUCCACCCUGAAGUUACCAGCCAUGUUUAUACGGUGAAGGCCCUGCUGUCACCCAUCGCCAAAGAGGAGACAAAUUAUAUUCGAUGCCUGGGUUUGAAUUAUAAAGAUCACGCUUCUGAAGCGAAGAUGGAACUACCAAAGGCCCCGAUUCUAUUCACCAAGCCUCGAACAGCGCUCGCCGACCCUUAUCCAGCUGCGAUCCCGAUUCCCAAGGCAGCACAGGAUGGCACAUCAGACUAUGAGGCUGAAUUGGCACUCAUUAUCGGCAAGACUGGGCGUGAUAUCCCCGAGGACCAGGCCCUCGAUUAUGUGCUGGGUUACACUGCCAGUAACGAUGUCAGCGCACGAACCCUGCAGAUGUUGACCGGACAAUGGAGUUUCAGCAAAGGCCUUGAUGGAAGUUGUCCUCUAGGUCCCGUUCUUGUGACAAAGGAAGCCAUCCCCGAUCCCCAGACACUGAACAUCAAGGCCAUUUACAACGGCCAGACAGUUCAAGACGGCAACACCAAGAACAUGAUCUUCGACAUCAAGAAGCAAAUCAGCUACCUCUCCCAAGGCACCACGCUCGAGGCCGGCACCAUCUUCCUGACCGGCACACCCGCCGGAAUUGGCUUUUUCCGCCAACCCCGUGUCGUGCUCGAGGACGGAGGCGACAUCAGAGUCGAGAUCGAGAAGAUCGGCACGCUCGUAAACAAGGUUCGCUAUGAAGAGUGGUAG